CUAACUAAAACGACUCGAAAUCAUUCCACUCCCAUUCUCUCCCUGCUCCGAUGAUAAUCUUAGGCAUUUUGGUCGUCAUGAGUUUGCACAUUUCAUUCUAAUACAAGCAACUUUUAUGAAAACCUGAUGAUAGAAAUGUAUGAAUAGAUUGUGAUCAAUUCAUCAAUUAACCUAAAAUUUGGUCGACUUUUGGAAAUUGAUGAAUAAAAUACACAAGAGACAGAAAAGAAAAGGGAGAUUGGGGAAGAGAACAGAAUUAGAUCCUCUUCCUAUCCCACAGAACUGAGUGCGACACUUCCUCCCUUUUUUCCUCCUCUUUCCUCCCCAUGUUCCCCUCCCUAUUGCUUUUUUAAAUUACUGUUAUCAAAGUUGUUAAAUUUCUAUAAUGUGGUGUUUUAUUCUUCCAUGAAGGAAAUGAAAUAAUUAAUUAACAAUCCUAAUCACUUGGUGGAAUUACGUUUCACUAGUGGACUUGUUCUCAAACAAGUAUGGGCUCGAGCCCAUAAGAACACCAAAGGGUUAAACAAGCCUUCCAUUGAAAGAGCCCACAUCAUGACUACUGCUAGUAUAGGCUUGUUAAUAAGGGGUUGUGUUCCAAUACAAAUACAAAGGAUUAGGAGCAUGCAUUAGCAACGAUAAGGAAACCGUACUGAGAUUAUACCGGAAAAGUGAGUGGUAGGGUAUUUUAGAUCAAAAUCGUGAUUUAAUUGUGAUUGAACCGCUUUCUACCGCCUAUCGUUUUGGGCCCGGUAUCCGGUAUUUCCGUUCCGACCGACCGAUACGGUAGGGUUUCCUAAACCUUGUGCAUUAGGCUUUGAUAGCUUUUUGAAAAGCAUCGUGCUUGAUAGUUGAUAGGAUGAUUUAUCACAUUCUUGUAAUGUUGUUUUUGUAACGAGGAGUGAUCGCUACGAUUUCACAUAAGUGUACAAAAAUAAUUUGUUGUUGUCAUGUACAUCAUGCUCGAGAUAAGCAGGUGUCAAAUGGACCUAGUGACAUUACAACAUUAAUCGUGUGCAUAUAAAUUUUGAUCUUAUUAAUUUUAAUAUAAGUUCAAACACCUAACUGAACAAAAAAAUUAUCCCUAGAUUGCAAAUUUUUUUUUUUUUGUUAGACCAUAGAUUGUAAAUUUGAAGUGGAGGGACCUUUAAAUUUGUUUUUAAUCACAGAGGGAUGUAAUUAGUGAAAAAUGAGAAAUAUCAUGGCCAAAACUAAAAUUCGCACGAUCCAUGGCCUAGGGUUUAUAGUUUUUUUUCCGCCAAAGCAGAGGGUUUAGAAACGGUUGCCGCCGAUUUCCGAAUCUCCCUCCAAUACUCCGACUGCCACCGUCUCACCUCCAACCUCUGUUCUCAGCUUAUUGCCAAUCUCUCCGAGUAAAGGUCGGCGGCAGCCGUGGUGUUUAAUAUGGCAAGUCGACCGGAGAAUCUCGCCCCACCAGAAAUAUUCUACAACGACGCCGAAGCUCGUAAAUACACAUCCUCGUCGCGUAUCAUCAACAUCCAGUCGAAGCUUUCAGAGAGAGCACUGGAGCUUCUAGCUUUGCCUGAUGAUGAUGUUCCGAGAUUGCUUCUUGAUAUCGGUUGUGGUUCAGGGCUUAGUGGGGAAACAUUAACUGAGAACGGGCAUCAAUGGAUUGGUCUAGACAUUUCGCCAUCGAUGCUUGACAUUGCAGUGGAGCGAGAAGUUGAAGGAGAUCUCAUGCUACACGACAUGGGCCAGGGCUUGCCAUUUAGGCCUGGAACUAUUGAUGGUGCCAUUAGUAUCUCAGCUGUUCAGUGGUUAUGCAAUGCAGACAAAUCAUCUCAUGAGCCGAGGAAACGGCUGAAGGCAUUCUUUGGAUCAUUGUAUAGAUGCUUAGCAAGGGGAGCCAAAGCAGCAUUUCAAAUGUACCCUGAGAACAUGCACCAGCGAGAGCUGAUACUGAAAGCGGCUAUGCAAGCUGGAUUUGCCGGUGGAGUAGUUGUUGACUACCCACACAGUACCAAGAGUAGAAAAGAGUUCUUGGUCCUCACCUGUGGACCGCCAUCAGUUAACACAGCUGUUCCGAAAGCAAAAGGGGAAGAGGGAGAGAGCUGCUCAGAAGAUGAAAGUGGUGAUGACGACGAUGAAGAGCACCAAACAGUGAGCAUCUCGGACAGGCACAGACCGAAGAAAAGGCAGAAAACAGGGAAGAAAGGGAAAGGAAGGCAAUGGAUAUUGAAGAAAAAGGAGCAGAUGAGAGGUAAAGGACAUAAUGUUCCACCUGAUACAAGAUACACUGGUAGGAAACGGAAGGCAAAGUUUUGAUCUUUCCCAUCUUUCUGCUGAUGCUACUGCUUCAACGUGCUAUUUUCUGGUUGUGUUAUGUGGAAGACCCAAGAUUCUGAGUUUUGAAGUUGAGCGUCGAUACCAUUUUUGUUUCAUCUUUAGAAACUUGGGAAGCAAUGUAUUCAUUCUACAGGAUCUUUGCAAUGUUAAGUUUUGGUAUUUAUUCCCUUGGGAUGCUUUGGAAGCUCUAUUCAUCUUUGGCUUACUUCAACAUUGAGAAUCCUCUUCUCUUUAACCACAUGCACAAUUGUAUCCUAUUCUAUGUUCUCUGUAGUCUCUCUUCUGUAUGGACAGAAACAGAAUCCUAACUCGUAAGGAAGUAUGACACAGAAGGAAGGAGAAGGUCUGUUGAGUCAAAUUUGGGCCACUCUGGUUUGGUCAUCGAGCUGUCGAUGCUGACCAAUCCAGCUAAAAUCAGUAUAACUUACUCUUCAACGACUCUGUUUAGAAUCACU